AUGGCGGAUCAUAGUGUGACAUACAGUGUAGAUGAUGCAAUUCUGAAAAUGGGGUUCGGAAAAUUACAAUACUUAGUACUUGGGUAUGCUGGAAUGGGUUGGAUUGCAGAAGCAAUGGAGAUGAUGAUACUCUCAUUUGUAGGGCCAGCUGUUAAAUCUUCAUGGAAACUUAGUGCUGCGCAGGAGAGUCUAAUUACAACCGUGGUCUUUGCAGGUAUGCUCCUUGGAGCAUAUUCUUGGGGUUUUGUUUCUGAUAAAUAUGGAAGAAGGAAAGGAUAUAUGUUCUCAGCAAUAGUUACAGCCGCAGCUGGGGUUCUAAGUGCACUUGCUACGAACUACGUAUUCUUGCUUAUAUCUCGUUGCAUCGUCGGCAUUGGCCUAGGAGCUGGUCCUGUACUACUCACCUGGUUUUUAGAAUUUGUGCCUGCUCCAAGCAGGGGUAAAUGGAUGGUCCUCUUUCAAGCUUUUUGGACUGUUGGCUCCAUUACUGAAUCAGCUUUAGCAUGGAUUAUUAUGCCGCAUAUGGGAUGGAGGUGGCUGCUAGGUCUAUCUGCUCUACCCUCAUUUAUUUUGCUGGCAUUCUAUGUGAUAACACCGGAGUCACCGCGUUACUUGUGUUUAAAAGGUAGAAAGGAAGAGGCCCUUGAAGUUUUGACAACAAUAGCCAAAAUUAACGGUGAAGAAUUACCCCCUGGUGUUCUUGUUACUGAUAUGGAAAUGGAACAGAAAAGUUCUGGUACACAAGAUAAUGAAGUUGAUCCUCAAAAAUGGAAGGAUUCAAAUAUAAGUGUAGUAAAAUCGAUUACGGUGCUCCUUUCACCAAAACUUAUCCGCACAACUCUGCUUCUUUGGUUGGUGUUUUUCGGAAAUGCGUUCGCAUACUAUGGCCUCGUGUUGCUCACAACGCAGUUAAACAAUCGGAACAGUGUAUGUAAUAUAACACCAGGCACCCAUGUUCAACCCCAAGAUUCCAGUGCUGGUAUAAACUACAGAGAUGUCUUCAUCACAAGUUUUGCUGAACUUCCUGGCCUGAUCAUCGUUGGUUUCCUGAUUGAUCGACUUGGGCGUAAGCUGUCGAUGGCACUCAUGUUUGUUUUAUGUUCCGUGUUCUUGCUUCCUUUGGUGGUUCAUCGUUCCGACAGUAUCACAACAGUUUUUAUGUUUGGUGCUCGAGCUUGUAUAAUGGGGACCUUUACCAUUGCUUUCAUAUUUGCACCAGAGAUCUACCCAACAUCGGUGAGAAAUACUGGAUUCGGAACAGCGAGCGCAAUGGCAAGAGUUGGUGGAAUGGUUAGCCCUGCUGUAGCUGUUGCCUUAAUUCAAAGUUGUCACCAAACGGCGUCUAUUUUAUUCUUCACUGGUGUGGUUAUAGCUGCAGCUGGUGCUGUGAUGCUCAUUCCAUAUGAAACUAAGGGUCGCGAAUUGGCAGAUAGUGUUGGUAGUACUAAGCAUGAAAUGAAAAAAGCCACAAGACAAGACCCUGAUGUGUAAACAUCACCAAGUUUGCGUUACGCCAAAGUUUAGGAACCAUAGUAAACCUUUGAGAUAAUUUCCAAACACCUAGCUUUUUAAUUUGGUGUUUAAUUUUGGAAACUACGAAUUUUAUGAGUAGUGUAAUAUGUAAACCGGUCUUUUUGCUUUUUUCCAAUAACUUUGCUAUGUUAAUUUUGAAA